AUGAGCCACGAGAGUACAGAACUGUUUAUGAUGAUAGAUUCAAUGGGGAAAUCAUUGAACAAUGAGUUAAAAAGAAAAUUUGUUCUUAUUGACAUUGAUAGUUCAGAUGAUGAAUUCGAUUAUGAAUUUAUUAAUCGUUUACGGGGCAAUAGAGUAAAACCUUUUAGAGUGCAAGAUUUUAUCUCUCAGACAAUACCAAAUUUCACACAUAAACAAUUUCAACAGCACUUUAGGUUGUCACCAACCUCAUUUGAAAGAUGUUUACAAAUUUGUGCUCCCCUUCUAAAGAAAACUUGUGUAGAAGGACGCAAAGGUUCUGAUGAGAGGUUACAACUAUUGUCAGUUAUUUGGUUAUUGGCUACACCAGAUAGUUUUCGAUCAGUUUCUGACAGAUUUGAUGUUGGUAAAAGUUCUUUGCAUGAUAGUUUUGUCCGUGUAACUACUGUUUUACAUAGAUUAUCCCCUACAAUUAUUAAUUGGCCCGAAAUUGAACAAAUGAAUCAAAUUCAACUUAAUUUUGGUGUAUGUGAUGAUAAAUUGAGAUUUAUUGAUGCAUUUGCUGGUUAUCCUGGAUCUGUAGGUGAUAGAAGAGUAUUCACUAAUUCUUUAAUUUAUGAACGAAUCUUGCAAAACAAAAAUAGAUAUGUUCCAGGUCAAUAUUUCAUUGCUGCAGAUAAGGCAUAUCCAAUACUCGAAUGGUGCAUUCCACCAUAUAUUGAUAGAGGUACCCUUUCUGAACAAGAAAAGUUUUUUAAUGUUUCAUUGUCACGUGCUAGGCAGUCCAUUGAAAGAUGCUUUGCACUGUUAAAAGGUCGUUUUAGACGCUUGAAGUAUUUAGAUAUGAAAAAAAUAGAACUGAUUCCACAAACUAUAAUUGCUUGUUGUGUCCUGCAUAAUAUUUGUUUGCAGUUUGAUGAUAAUCAAUGGAUGAACAAUUUGAUUUCAGAACAACAACCUAAUAUUGGUGAUGAUAAUAUUACUGCUGAGCAAUUAACUUCUUACAUAGAAAAUACCCAGUCCGGCUGUAUGAAAAGAGACCAAAUUAUGCUUUGGCAAUUAUGGAUAAAAUAUUACCCAUCAAUAACAAUAAACAAAUCCAUGUUAUUUAUGGAGUCUGUCUUUCUUUUUUUUACUUUAGGCAUGACUUUGGUAUCAUCAUUGUCACAAAUUGUUGCAAUUUCUUCUACAAUAAGAUUCCCGGCUAAUGUCACUGAACUGAUAGAGGGUUCAUAUUUGUAA